AUGCUAUCGUAUAUUCCACUCGCCUUAGCUCCUCUACUAUUCCUGGGCCGGCUUGCUGCUGCAGAAGCCGUGCUUGCUCUCAACGUGGACUUCCCAGACCCUUGUGUGAUCCAGACCGACAAUGGAUACUAUGCUUUUUCUACAGCUAGUGGAGAUGUAAAUGCCCAGGUAGCUAGCUCGCCGGACUUCUCUUCUUGGACUCUUCUGGAGGGAACUGACGCCCUGCCUGGGCCGUUUCCAUCGUGGGUUGGGUCGCAAGGUGGCCGACCCCAAAUAUGGGCUCCUGAUGUGAUCCAAAGGGCUGACGGAACAUACGUCAUGUAUUUCGCUGCGGUCUCCAGCAGCGAUACUGGGAAACACUGCGUUGGUGCCGCCACUUCGACGACAAUCACCGGCCCCUAUACCCCGGAAGAGAACGUCCUCGCCUGCCCACUCUCCCAAGGAGGAGCAAUUGAUGCAGCUGGCUUCAUCGAUGGUGACCAGUACUAUGUCGUCUACAAGGUCGACGGCAGCAAUCUUGGAAACAACAGUCCCACUCCAAUCAUGCUGCAAGCCAUGGAGUCCGAUGCCGUGACUCCCAGCGGUGACCCUGUACAGAUCCUCGACCAUGACGACGGCGAUGGUGGCAAUAUCGAAGCUCCCAGCCUUGUUAAUGUCGACGGGAUUUACUACCUAUCGUUUUCCUCCAGCAUCUUUGACCAGACCACAUACGACUCCAGCUAUGCAACUGCAACUUCUAUCACGGGCCCAUAUGCCAAGGCCCAUACCCCCAAUGCGCCGUUGCUCGUUACUGGGGACCCGAGCAAUGUGGGAACCCUGACUGCUCCUGGGGGACUUGACUUUAGCGCCGACGGCACAAAGAUCGUGUUUGCUGCUUGGAUUAGCAGUGAUGGUGUUGGUUCUGGACGAGCGAUGUAUACUGCCUCGGUUCAGAUUUCUGAUGACGUGGUCAAGAUCCUCUGA